AUUUGGAACGAUAUAAAACUGUGCACCUCCGAUCACAAACCACAAGUGAGAAGCGACUGGAUGUCGGACUACUCACUUCGUCAUAAAACAUUCAAUUAUAUCAAUAAAUCCUUCAUUAACUUCAACCCAUGAGACAAUAGAAAGAUAGUAAAAAAUAUCCGCCAUUUUGUUAAAAGAACGCGCACAAGAUGGCGACAAACUUCACGGACGACAUUGGCCCCAUGGCUUAUCCUCUAAAAAUGGUCUCCAAGGAGGUGGUCGAGCACAUGCUUGGCUGGAACAUCCCCGAGGAGCACCAGGACCUGGUCCAUGACCACUGGAGGAACUUCCCAGCAGUGAACAAGUACUGGCAUUACGUACUCGCUCUCAUCUACACGAUGCUGAUGGUCACCUCACUACUUGGAAACGGCAUUGUCAUCUGGAUAUUUGGAACAUCGAAAUCCCUUCGAAGUCCGAGCAACAUGUUCGUCAUCAACCUGGCGGUGUUCGACCUAAUGAUGAUGUUGGAGAUGCCACUGCUGAUAAUAAACUCCUUCUACCAGCGACUGAUAGGGUACCAGCUCGGGUGUGACAUAUACGCCGUGCUUGGCUCCCUGUCGGGUAUUGGAGGAGCUAUCACCAAUGCUGUCAUUGCUUUUGAUAGAUACAAGACUAUCUCCUGCCCUCUGGAUGGAAGGAUAAACAAAGUACAAGCGGCCAUAUUGAUCGCCUUCACUUGGUUCUGGGCGAUGCCCUUCACCAUCCUGCCAGCUCUCAAGAUCUGGGGACGUUUUGUACCCGAGGGCUUCCUCACCACCUGUUCCUUCGACUACUUCACCGAUGACCAGGAUACGAAGGUGUUCGUCGGCUGCAUCUUCGUGUGGAGCUACGCGAUACCAAUGACGCUCAUCUGCUAUUUCUACUCACAGCUAUUUGGUGCUGUCCGUCUCCACGAGCGCAUGUUAUCAGACCAAGCCAAAAAGAUGAACGUCAAGUCUUUAGCUGCAAACAAGGAGGAUGCAAGCCGAAGUGUUGAGAUCAGGAUCGCUAAAGUGGCCUUCACUAUAUUUUUCCUGUUCGUCUGUGCGUGGACUCCUUACGCAUUUGUCACUAUGACUGGAGCUUUUGGUGAUAGGAGCCUCUUAACUCCCAUAGCGACGAUGGUGCCAGCUGUCUGCUGCAAGGUGGUCUCCUGCAUAGAUCCAUGGGUGUAUGCCAUCAAUCAUCCCAGAUACAGGGCGGAGCUCCAGAAGCGUCUCCCCUGGAUGGGAGUCCGAGAACAGGAUCCUGACAGUGUUUCCACCUCUACCAGCGUCGGUACCGCGCAGUCCACCGCCCAACCUACAGCCGAAGCUUAGAUCCUUAGAGAGAGAAACUUCUAGAAAUAGUGGUACAAUGAGAAUUUUCUUACGACAACAUCUAUAACGUGUAUAGCCAAAUAUCAAAUAA